GUAAGUUCCAUUGCAGACAGCAUUUUAGAUGCACUUUCCAAUUAGUUCUCGAAUCGAAUUACAUCGGAUCUCACCCAGCAGCGUGCACGAUGUACGAGGAUGAAGCGUUUUGGUAGCACAGGGGUAUGUAACAUCACAUAAGCGGUUCUCGCGUUGCGUUAUUUAACGCGCCCACCUGCACUGCAUCCAACACAUUUUCACGCCGUCUUCCUGGAGGACUAGUAAACGAUGGACCUGCACAUCUUGGACCAUAAAUUACGGGUCACAUCAAUAAGCAAAACGGGACUUCAGCAGUACACACACCCCCUAAUCAAGCUGAUAUUUCUCAGAAACAGGACGAGAUGCAAAUUUUUCAGUCUCACAGAGACUCCAGAAAAUUACACGGUUGUCCUCGAUGAGGAAGGAUUUAAAGAGCUCCAGCCGUCUGAACACUUACAGGUGGAGGGCUCCACUUGGCUCCCACUCAAUGUUGUCUCCAAUGGCAACGCCUCCAGCAGCUCACAAGCCGUGGGUGUCACCAAGAUCGCCAAAUCCGUUAUCGCUCCAUUGGCUGAGCAGCAUGUGUCCGUCUUCAUGCUCUCCACCUAUCAAACCGACUUUAUUCUGGUGCGAGAGAAGGACCUGUCGGUGGUGGUGGAGACUCUAGUGGAGGAGUUCAAUAUUUUCAGAGAGGAGGGAGGAGAGUCCGUGCCUGUCCACAGUCAGGACGCCUGCAACGGCCUUCAGCGAAACAGCAGAGAGGGUGAGACAGCAGUGAAAGAAAGGCAUACUCUACCAAAAAAUGUUUGGGUUCCACAUGCAACAGUUCAUCCGGUUCUGAUUCCGGAGAAUCAGUUUUGUGUAAUGAGCUUGGAUCCGGACACACUGCCAGCGAUCGCCACCACCCUCAUAGACGUUCUAUUUUACUCUAACAGUCCUAAAGAGGGCGCCAGUGUUGAUCAGGACAUGGAAUGCAUCAAGUUCUUCUCCUUUUCUCUGAUAGAAGGAUACGUCUCUUUGGUGAUGGACACAGAAGCACAGAGACAAUUCCCCGCUGAUCUUCUCUUCACUAGCUCCUCUGGUGAGCUCUGGAGGAUGGUGAGAAUAGGAGGGCAGCCUCUCGGCUUCGAUGAAUGUGGGAUAGUCGCUCAGAUCUCUCAGCCUCUUGCAGAUAGUGAUAUAUCAGCGUAUUACAUUAGCACCUUCAGCUUUGAUCAUGCUCUGGUGCCGGAAGAAGACAUAGCGAGCGUGACCGAGAUGCUUCAAGCUCAGAGGAAGGAGACGUCCAGUUGAGGCUGCGUUUGAAUGCAUCAUCAGCUUGGAAAGGGUAGAAAAAGUCCUUAACGGUGGAUGGUAGAUCUUAUUUGAGCCACUAACACACAGUAUUACUCCACAAGACUGUCUUACCAUAACCAGAGGUGCUUCAGUCACAGCCUUUGAGAGCUUAGGCUUAAUACAGGCCUAAACUCAGAAAACCAUGCCGUUUUGUUUUUGCAGAAACAGCAGUGCUGAUUAUAUGCCAUUGCUGAGAAUCAAAGUAUUUAGAUGAUUUGAAAGGACAUUUUUGCGGCUUGAUUAUUUGAAGCACUUUUUUUCUCAAUUGAAUUAGAAGAGGAGAGGACGUUAUCAGUUUUGGACGUUUAUUUCUUCAUUUCAGGGGUAAUGAUAUCACAGUAUGUUCUGCAAAAAUGACUUUGAGUAUUGCACACAGACGUCUUCCAGUAUUGUCAGAAUCAGGUUUUUUUUUUUCUUAAGUAACCCUGUUUGAGGUCAAGCAAAAUACAUUUUAUUGUUGUAGCAACUUUUGGUGUCGUUUGAAACCUUGCACUUAGAAAAGCAGUUACUGACAGUGAUUAUUUGGAUCACUUUUGAUUUUGAAUCAGCAUUUCAAACAUAUCUCGCAAGUACCAGAGUCAUACUGUUAUGCAUGAUCUUUUCAAAUCACAUUUACACCUAGUUGUGUGAAUCUCUCAAGAACAUAUCCAGCUCACAUUUCACCCCCAAAACCAAAUUUUGUUGUAAUGUAAAUUUGUUCAAAAUUUCCUCACCCUCAGGCUAUCUAAGAUGUAGAUGAGUUUGUUUCUUCAUCAGAACCGAUUUCUGUUAUUAUGUCACCAAUGGAUCCUCUGCAGUGAAUAGGUGCCGUCAGAAUGAGCGCCCAAACAGCUGAUGCAUGAUUAUUGUGAUGUUUUUAUCAGCUGUUUGGGCUCUCAUUCUGACGGCACCCAUUCACUGCAGAGGAUCCAUUGGUGAGCAAGUGAUGUAAUGUAAAAUUUCUCCAAAUCUGUUGUGAUAAUGAAACGAACCCAUCUUCAUCUUGGAUGGCCUGAGGGUGAGUACAUUUUUGGGAGAACCAUUCCUUUAAAGGAAAUUCAAUUUAAAAUUACAUAAUUAUUUGAACGUUAUUUUUUCACAUUAUAGGAAAGUAUCUACACAUUCUAUUGUACCAUAUCAGUGUUUGUCAAAAGAAAGAAUAAUUCUCACCUACAUUUAAAAGUACUCAAAAGUAAAAUGGACACACAACAGUAACAGGAAUUUGAGAAGAAAUGUGGGUAAUUAGUUUUUUUUUGUGAGAUUCAGAGAAAUCACUUUUUUUAGAAUGUUUGGGCAUAUAUGCGACUUUAAAGUACUUAUUUAUUCAUGAGUGACUCGAAAGUUUAUCAGGAUGUUUUGAUUUGGCAGUUUGCCCACAAAUUGAUAAGAAUUAUGAGGUUCAGUGAGGUAAGGCUCUAGCGUCACUUUGUCAACUGAUCAACAGUGUGAUUAUGGAAAUGUCUCUUGCACAACUGUUUGCCUAAUGACACUGUUAGGUCUGACGAUUCUUGUGACAUUUCUGCCUUUGCUAACGCUAAAACAUGUCCAGCUCCGGUGUGGCCUUACACUUCCCUCUUGAUGCUUGUUUAAUGCCAGAACAGGCUGCUGUUUUUUGACCUGUAUUAAUUCACUACUAGUGAACCAAGCACAAAUAUUAGUCAAAUACACAAGUAGUAGUCAAAUUAAAGAAACUGUUUUGUAACAAUCGCUCACUUAACCUCAGCUACUUUUGAUUAUAUCAAAGCCCAAAAAUGACUUUUUCCAGAUAUGUCUAUAAUGAGCUAAUGGAGAAUCAAAUUCACGCAAGGAGAAAUGCACUUAUUGAUUGUAUUUUGAUGGCACAAUCACUAAUAGAUCCAGAAAUCAGAACUGGUAAAUGAAUGAAACUCUUUUUAGAGAGAAAUAUAGCUUUGUUACAAAUGAGCUCAAUGCUUUUGGAAGACCUGCUGAAACGGAAACACUAGCAUCAAAAUAUUAGAUUAAUAAUUAGGGUUACUUUUUGUGUGUGGCUUUGUGCAUUUGCUAACACUUUUUUGUUGUUGUUAACUUUUUUUUUUUUUUUUUUUUUCUUUAUAUAGUCAAUCUAUAUUUCAGGGCGCCAGUGCAGCAUAAGAAUAAAAGUGCUUUUUGAGAUCAUGGUAUCAAAAUUGUAUAAUAAAAACAUGUUUUGUUAAUGCAAUUCCAGUGCCAUUAAAGAGCUAUUUUCAUGUGUUUAUUUUCUCAUUUCUAUCAAUAUCAACAAAGACCAAGGUUACUGGCGUGCAUAAAACGUGUUUGUAAAUGAGUCCGUAAUGAUUCUGAGCAUUUAUUUUUGCUUUUUGUAGACUAGAUGCAUUUAUCUAAAGUAAUUUUUGGUACAUUUUAUACAGUGUCAAAGGAAUUACAUACCUAGUUUGUAACUGUGCUGCUUGUUCAAUAAACUUGUUCAAUAAACGACUA